AUGUCGGACCCACAAAUACCGGGUAAUGCCAAGUGUACAUCUCAAAAUGACAUUCCAAAGUCGUCCAUCGAAACGUCGGGGACAAUACUGGUGGAUAGACUCAAACAGUCCAAUCUCAAAUUGACCACAGAGAACAGAUUGAUUCGCACUGUGAUCAAGGAAUUGGAAAUAGCCAAUAUGAAAGCUGGAGUUGAAAAGAAGUUGACUAAAAACAGGAUUGGCAUAUUCGAAACGAUAGAUGCCGAGGAUUAUAUAAACUACUCUGACGCUCAAAAGCAAAUGAUAGACACUUGGUUACCGCUCAUCACCAAAAUGGUUGAAAUGAAGAGGAGCUUCGAUGUCAAGGGCGCAGAGAAAGAACGAGAGUCAUAUGAAGCUGCAAUCGAAUCAUGGCAGAGUCUAUUCACCAGACGAGACGAUAUUGAGAUAAUGAUGUGCAUUAGGGUGGUAAGCCAGCGAAUCUCGAAAGACAGUGGCAUAUCAGCAGCCACGAUAACUAAACUCAAUUCAGAGGUCACUAGGCUUAAGUCUGAGAUCAAUGAGCUCAAGUCCGAUAUUAUCGGACACAAGAAAAGGUUGAAGGUGCAAAAUAAGGUCGUUUCAGGCCUGCAGAAAAGGGAAAAGGUCUCCGAAGCUGAAAUGAAGAGUAACUAUGAGAAGAUGUUGAAGCAGCAAAGCAACAUUUUGAAUGAAAAGGAAAAGACCUCAGUAGCUGAGAUAAAGAGCAGCUACGAGAAGAAGUUGAAGGAGCAGACUGAAAAUAUCGCCAGUAUCGAACAAAGGGAGAAGACUUCGGCAGCUGAGAUGAAGAAUAGGUACGAGAAAGAGUUAAAGGUGAAGAAUAACUUUAUCGCCAGUUUGUCAGCAAAACAAAAGAUCUCAGCAGCCGAGAUGAAGAGUGGAUAUGAGACGAAGUUAAAGGAACAGAGUAGCACUAUCACUGACCUUGAAGAGGAAAGAGCUACUUUAAAAACCGAGAUGAAGGUAUUACGUCGGGAACUCAAUGCUCACAGGGAGGUUUCUAUCAGUAUCCUAGGCCGAAAGAGAGAAUUAAUGAAACCUUUUGAGAGUCGGAACGACCAUGUGAUUGAAACAGGAAAUCUUUCAGCACAUCAUGGAACCUGUCUGGCCGACGUUUUUCGAAUCAAGUCCAACACCGAUGUUGACGAUUCUCCAUGGUUCAAGGAACAUUACGGCGUAGCUGUAGAUACAGUUGAAAAGUUUGGAGGAAGCGCAGCAUUUGCAAAGCUUGUGAAUAUGCGAUACGACAUGCACAGCAGCAAUGCAGAGGACCGGGCUAUUGCUUCAGAGUUUGAGAGCGGAUUUCAGGACAUACUGGCUGGAAUCUUGAAAAGUGAUCUGGAAGCAGUACCAGAGUCAAUUGAUGGCUUCCUUCUGAAGAAUAAAAAGGCAAAAGAAACGUUUCAGAGGCUAUGCAGCAUUUGGGAUACUACAAGAGCAUCGCAGAGAAAACGCUUUCAAGAGAGUAGAGAUCCGAAGAGGAGAUCAAUUUUGGGAGGAAGUAUGAGAUCUAGUGCUUCAGUUUGGACGGGAGAAACGCAAAGGAGGAGCAAACUUGACAAAAUCGAGGAAUAUGGCAAAGACAUUCUUGCCUCUGCGAAGGAUGCUAUGCUCUGGACUAAACAUUGA